AUGGAUGGUUCCGGGGGCUGCCAGCCCCCCCCCACGUCGCAUGCAAAGGCACGCACGUUUGCGGAACUGGUUUCCCAGGUUCCUCAGGCUCUCCCUGAGGUCUCGAUUCCCUUCAGGCCUCCCAAAUGUGUUGAAGGUGAGUUCUUUGUGCAAUUUACUAGGGAGGAGUUGGAUCGUUCGGCUGUCCCUUUUCGGUUCUCUAUGGUUUUAAAAUUCUUGAGACAAAGACCUUCUUUGGAUCGUAUCAGAGGGUUCAUUCAUAGCAGAUGGGGAUUAAUGAAACAGCCAGUCGUUUCAGCUAUGCGGAAGGCUAGGAAUGUCUUUGUGCGAUUUUCAGAUGAAGAUGAUUUCUUGAAAUCAUUGUCCCGUGAAAGCUGUGAUAUUGAAGGGGUUGCUUAUAGACCCUUUCAAUGGUCUACUGAUUUUACUGAAGACGACGAGCCAUCAUUGGCUCCAGUUUGGAUCAUGUUGCCCGGCUUACCUCCAAAUCUUUAUCAAGAAGCAUUCUUGCGGAAUAUAGUUGCACCGAUUGGAAUCUAUUUAAGGCGAGAUAAUGCGACACGUUGUGCAACUCGUACCGAUGGUGCAAGGGUGUGUGUUCUAAUGAAUAUUGAUCAUGAGCUGAUUCAUUCCAUUUGGAUUGGGACACCGAGACAUCCUACAAGCAUUUUCCAAGAAAUUGAGUAUGAAACACUGCCGGCAUUUUGUUCCGUAUGCAAGGUGCAAGGGCAUAACGUAAAGACAUGUAAGGCAAACAAGAUAGAAGGAAAGAGCAGCAAGACUUUGCAGGUGAUUAAGUCACGUAAAGUUUGGGUGCCAAAAGAUAAAGAAGAUGAGGCGAAGACUACAGGUCAUUCGGAUAAAAUCACAGAGUCCCCUGUUUUGGCUUUGGAAGAUGUAGAGAUUGAGGUGACGGUCUUGGAUGGUGGCAAGGAUGCAGGGAAGUCGAAGUUGGGGUCUGAGAGUGUUAUUGAAGAAAUGGAGGCCCCCGAGCAGAGGUUGAUAUGUGGAGAGAAUAGCGGGACUUUACAAGCGGAGGAGUUGGUCUUUUUACCAAUAAUAAAUCAGGAGUUGUCUGCUGGAGUUGGUGGCCAUUUAGAAUCCAGUAGGGAGGAAUUCAUUGAGCCAAUUCCAGUAGUGGAUGUUGCUGUGCAGAUCGACGACGCUGUAGUGGGUGGCCAAUUAGAAUCAAGAAGGGUGGAAUUCAUCGAGCCAUCAUUGGUAGCAGAGGAUGCUGUGCAACUAGAACCCAGAAUUGACGUGGUGUCAAGCAGUAAGACCCCAGUAGCAGAAGGAGAGGAGAAGAUAGACACGGUAGAGCAGAUGGAGUCCAAAUCUGAGGAUGAAGAACCAUUCAGGGAUGAUUCUCAGUUGAACUAUUGGAAGAAGUUUCUUGAAUUUGAUGAGGGUCUUUCUAAUGCAAAUCAGGAUGGUAAUGGCUUUUCUUGGUGCAACGGUCGUUUAGGAAUGGCGCGUUCAUGGGCUAGACUGGAUAGAGCUUUAUGUAAUUCCAAGUUUAAGGAUCUUUAUCCGUCGGGGAGAAUUCAAUAUCUUCCUAGAAGGACUUCAGAUCACUCUCCUAUGGUGGAGGUUAAUGGUACGGGUUUGUGGAAGCUAGCUGCUAAAUUGAAGAGGUUAAAAUUGGUUCUUAAAUCUUGGAACAAGGAUGUGUUUGGCUGGACAGGAAAGCAUAUUAAAGAGUUAGAAGCUAAAGUGGAGGAAGGUGAGUUAAGACUUCAAGAAUGCUACUCAGAGGAUGUUGAAGCGGAUGUUUUAGCGAACAAGGUUGAGCUUGAUGUCUGGUUACAAAGGGAAGAGUCUCGUAUUGCUCAACAAGUUAAGCAGAAGUGGGUUUCGCAAGGUGAGGUUUCGACUGCUUUCUUUAAAGCAUUGCAGAAUAUCAAACAUAAUAGGGUAGUAGAAAUGAAGCUCUCUGAUGGCAGAGUGCUUAACUCGCCUGAAGAUAUCCAUGAGGCUGCGUGUGGUUAUUUUGAGGAUUUCCUCAAAGCUAAAGCAACCAGUUCUGUGCCAGAUCUGGUUGGGUUAAUUUCUGAGGAAGUUUCGGAGGAGGAAAAUAAUUUUUUCUGUAGUAUCCCGUCGGUUGGGGAAGUAAAAGAUGCACUUUUUUCUAUUCCGGUGGAUAGUAGUCCGGGGCCGGAUGGUUUUGGCUCGGGUUUUUUUCAGCAUUGCUGGUCCUUGGUGUAUCAAGAUUUAUUGGAAGCUGUUAGUGAUUUUUUUGGCGGGGCUGUCUUACCAAGGUUUUACUCUGCCUCUUUUAUUGUCUUAAUUCCUAAAGUUCAGAAUCCUACGUCGUUUGGGAAUUUUAGGCCCAUUAGUCUGUGUUCAGUGGAGCUUAUUCAUGAUAUAAAUAAGCCUAUUAGAGGAGGUAAUAUUAUGAUGAAAAUUGAUUUUGCAAAAGCUUAUGACACUAUUGACUGGGGUUUUUUAAGUCAUAUUUUGAAAGCUUUUGGGUUUUCCCCGAAGUCUUCAGUUUCGGAAAUUAUUGAAGUUCUUCGUAUUUAUGCUGAGUGGUCUGGUCAACAGUUCACGGAAGGGGUGUUCCCGGUCAAGUACUUAGGGGUGCCUAUUGUUUCUAGUAGAUUAAAGUUAAUUCAUUUUCAGGAUGUUAUUCAAAAAAUUAGAAAGAAGAUUGAAGGUUGGAAGCAUCCGAUUGAGCUUAAUCCUUUGAGAGGCUCUAGGUUUUGGAAAGCUAUUGUAAAAGAAAUUCCUGUUGUUCUUUCACGUUCCAGAUGGAAGAUUAGGAAGGGGAACGUGUCGUUCUGGAGAGACAAUUGGCUAAAUUCGGGUCCACUUAAGGAGCAGUAUCAGAUGGUGGGUGAUCCGGAAUUGAAGGUGAAAGAUUGUAUGAUUAAUAAUAAUUGGGAUAUGGAGCAACUUGAGCAGCUAGUAGGGUCUGAAAAAAUGGAGGAUAUUGUUAAUGAAGUUAGUAGUAGGAGGAAUGGUAAGGAUCAGCUUAUUUGGUUGGAAAACUUGGAUGGGUCUUUCACGACCAAAACUGCCUGGUCUUUUGUUCGGAUCAGUAAUCCUAAUUGUCAAUGGUCGGAUUGGAUUUGGAAUUCAGCGUUACCGAAGAAGUUUUCUGUGAUUAUGUGGAAGGCCUUAAACUCAUGUCUUGCAGUGGAUGAUCGUAUAAGGAGAAUUGCGAGAAUGGAAGGUAGGAAGGAGAAGGUUCAGGUUUUAUGGAGAUUGAUAAAGUAUUGGAUUAACUGGGUGGGUAUUAAGAUUCAGAAGGAUUCCCGGCUUGUGGAUAAGGAUGUAAUGAUAUUGAAGUCUUUGAAUCUUCCUAUUAAUUUUAAAAAAAGAGGGGUUUCUAUGGCAGUUAGAUGGGAGAGACCGAAGAAAGAUUGGUUUAAACUGAAUGUGGACGGAAGUAGUAUAAAUAACCCUGGUAUUUUGGGUGCAGGAGGUGUAGUAAGAAAUGAGUUUGGGAAGAUGGUUUUUGCGUUUGCUGAAUCCAUUGGGAGUGGUAGUAAUAAUCUGGCGGAAGUUAUUGCAUUAAGAAGAGGGAUUGAACAUUGUAGUGUGGUUGUAUUUCGGAUUGAGUGUUAG